GUAACUGUCAAGAGACACAUCUUCGACGUGCUGCUCGCUGAUAUCGUCGGCGAUAUUUCUCACAGAUGUGUACAUAAGUAGUCCCAUUACGCGAUGGCAUUUCUGGAGUGGAAGCGUUUCAAUUUUUUCGACCUUAAGAAAGAAGUCGACGACGGAAAAGUCGCCCAGGCACUUGGUGAAGCCCAAGUGACGGCAGCUACUAGCGGUAACGGGAAUCUAGUGUUCGGGGAUAACACGGGCAAUGUGCAUUUAGUAAACAGAAAGUACGACGUGACCACGUUCCGUGCUUACGAGAUCACGUUAACGUUAGCACAGCAAGUUCAACAUUCUACUUUCCUGUUUACCAUUGGUGAGGAUGAGAAAGGUUGUAAUCCUACUAUAAAAGUGUGGAAUUUAGCUAAAUUGGACAAGCAGGGUAGUCCAACAUGUGUUCGUAUAAGUAGAGCCAUACCUAGCUACAAAGCAGUUCCUGCAACUGCUCUGUGUGUGCAUACUAAUCUUACAUUGAUGGCUGUUGGUUUUGCAGAUGGUUCUAUUAUGCUUUACAGAGGUGAUUUAACAAGAGAAAGAAAGAACAAGAUAAAGGUAUUGAAAGAUACCAAUGAUUCUAUCACUGGUCUAGCAAUAAGAUCCACCAGCAAACAGAAUCACCUAUUUGUUGCUACACCAAACAGUGUUUUUCUGUACAAUAUUACUGUUAAGGAUAAAGAAUUUAAGUUCCCCUUGGAUACUGAUAUGGGCUGUGAAAAAAACUGUAGCAUUCUUGCAGACUCCAUGCAAGAUAACCAUUUUAUGAUUGGUCGGAAUGAUGCAAUUUAUUGUUAUACACCAGAUGGUAGAGGUCCUUGUUAUGCGGUAAGGGGUCAGAAAAUAAUGUUAGAAUGGUUCAGAAAUUAUUUAGUUAUUAUAGCUAAAGAGGCAGCUAAUGAUCCAAGAACAACAACCACCAUUUCUGCAAAACCAAGUACUAUAGAACCAAUACCUCCAGGAGUAGAUAAACAUAUAAUCACAGUUCUUGAUAUACAGAACAAGCUUACUGUUUUCUCUGCAUCAACAUUGUUUGUGCAAGCUGUUUUAUCAGAAUGGGGUGGAUUUUUUAUACUCAAUGGUAACAGUAAACUAUACCUCUUAGAUGAGAUAGAUUUGCAAACGAAAUUAUUCUUACUCUUCAAAAAGAAUUUGUACGAUAUAUCUAUAAGAAUAGCUAAAAAUCAACAAUACGAUGCCGAGGGACUUGUCGAUAUAUUUCGACAAUACGGCGACCAUUUGUACUCGAAAGGUGAUCAUAAUGGAGCAAUAGAGCAAUAUAUUAAAACUAUUGGGAAAUUAGAACCAUGGUACAUAAUUAGAAAAUUUUUAGACUCACAACACAUUGAUAAUCUAACAACUUAUUUGGAAGCGUUACAUAAAGCUGGACAUGCAACGGAAGAUCAUACAACUUUGUUAUUAAAUUGUUAUACCAAGCUCAAUCAUACCGAUAAAUUAAAAGAAUUCAUUAUGACAAAAGAUAGAGAGAUCGAUUUCGAUGUUGAAAUUGCGAUAAAGGUUUGCCGCCUAGCGUCACCAGAAGACGCCUUGCUACUCGCGCAAAAACAUGGUCGCCACGAAUGGUAUCUUCGUAUUCAAAUAGAAGACAAGCACGAGUAUGAGAAAGCAUUGGAAUAUAUGGCAACUUUGGAGUUUGAAGAAGCAGAAUCUAUCAUGAAGAAAUACGGUGAUAUUCUAAUAAAAAAUGUGCCAAAUGAGUCGACACAAUUUCUAAAAACUUUAUGUACCAAUUAUAGACCUUCCAACAAACUACUUAUAGAUCAGAAAACGAUAGACGGGCUUAUCGAUAAAGCUAAUCCAGAGGAUUUUAUUCACUUGUUUUUAAAUAAUUCAGAACAUCUCGUAGAAUUCUUAGAACAUCUAGUGAAUACAAAUACCAAGUGGAGUACCCAGGUGUACAACACGUUGAUAGAACAUUAUCUCCAUGUUUGGUCAGCUUUGGACAGUGAAGCGAAAGCGGAAUACGAACAGAGGAUUAUUCGACUAUUGCAAAGUUCCGAGGCGUGUUACGACAAGGAUCAGAUAUUAAUCUUAUGUUAUCAACAUAAUUUCAGUCGCGGUCUGCUCUACCUUUACGAAAAAAGUGAAUUGUACCAAGAAAUAUUGUGGUACCAUUUACAAAAUGGGAAUAGCGAGCAAGUUUUAGCUACGUGCAAACGAUUUGGCCAUCAGGAUCCGAAUUUAUGGGUCCAAGCUUUAUGGAAUGUCGCGAGAAACAAAGAAGCGCCUACUAAACUUCUCACUGACAUAUUAGCCAACAUAGCACAGGAAAGACUUUUAUCGCCAUUGAUGGUAAUUGAUGCAAUUUCUACUUCACUUUCCUGCACCUUGGGAGAUGUGAGAACUUACUUGUACAAUGUAUUGCGAACAGAACAUGAACAAACUCAAGCAGACAUAGAAUUAACUGAAAAGUAUCGAGCAGACACGCAGAAAAUGCGAGAACAGAUAGAAUCGAUUAAAAAUAGUACGAUAAUAUUCCAAGGAUCGCGUUGUAGUGCGUGUCAGGAUCAAUUAGAACUACCAUCGGUACAUUUUAUGUGUCAACAUUCGUAUCACCAACGAUGUUUCCAAGACUUUUCGGAGAAUGACAACGAGUGCCCAGCUUGUUUGCCAACUAACAAACAGUUUUUGGAUAUCAUAAGAGCACAGGAACAAGCGAAAGAUCUUGAUGAAACAUUUCACAGUUUGUUGGAUCGAGCGGAAGAUCCAUUUUCAUUGGUUGCUGAUUACUUUGGCCGUGGUGUCUUUAAGAAGUUAACAGUGAUCACUGAUAAAUCGUUGUCCUCGUCGUCGAUGAAAUUCGCGGAACCAAAAUUGAAUUAUGGACCAGGGGCAGAAGCCAAACUUAGAUUAGCAGAGGGAAAGAAUACAACAUUAGUGAAACCAGAAACUCGUCGUCCUUAUAAUAAUCUCCCUACUGCAGCAGAUGAUCGUCUGCGAUCCUUUUCAAAACCAGAUCAAUCUUCAUCAUUGGAAGCAAAUAUUUCUGCUACAGGCAGCGGUAUAUCUAGCCCACGAGAAAACUUGAGAAAAACUUCACCGGUGCGUAUAAGAGAGGCUCGUAUUUUAAACAGUACAACGCCAAAAUCGUCGCCGAUCCAGAAAUCUUUUGUCCCGCCAAAAACACCGACCGUGCCAUCCAAUCGAAUUAAAAUAGAUGACUACAACGAAUCGAAAAAUCCAUUUUUCAAAAAAGAAAGCGACGACAGUACUAACCCCUUUAAGAAAAAUACUAAUCCCUUUAACACAAGUACUAAUCCCUUUGAUGAUGACGAUUCUAUUCCCUAAAAGGAUAAUAACGACAACAAUUGCUAUA